AUGUUUAAAGUAUCUAAACAAAAAAUUCAGGAGAUAUUGUCUUCUGGAUUAACUUAAAAUCCUCAAGACAGCAUGGUAGAGUUCAAUUCGACAAAGCGCUUUGAAGAUUCUUUAAAAUGCAAAAUUACUUAAGGAUUGAGUGAGAAUGACAUAGCAUUGAGGCAACAGGUAUUUGGGGUCAAUGAGAUUGAGAAUUUGGAUUCAAUAGGUUUCUUGAAUGCAUUCUCAAUCAAUUUAACUAAGAAACCUAAAUCAAUAUUCUUCUUAACCUUGUCAUUAAUUGCAUUCAGUUUAAAAUAUUUGUCCACAUAAGGAAUUUAUAGAAUUGAAUGGAUAGAAAGUUUAGUUAUAUUUGGAUUAAUUUCUUUGAAUCUCAUAAUAUCAGCUAUUCAUUUGAAAAUUGCUGAUAACAAUAAAAAAAAACUUUUACUUUCAGAUGAAUAAUCUAAAUCUGUAAAAGUGUUGAGAAAUGGUCAAGAGUAAACUCUAAUAGCAAGAGAUCUUGUGGUUGGUGAUGUAGUCAUUUUGUAAGAGCAUGAUUAACUCUAUGUAGAUGGAUUGAUUGUUGAAUAAAAUAAUUUAGAAAUUGAUGAGAGUUUCUUAACAGGGGAACAGGAUUUGAUUUGUAAAAUUACGUUAGAGGAAGCAACCCAAAAGAAAUAGCCAAUUUCCCCAUAGAAACACUUGGCCUUUGCAUAGUCCAAAGUAAUCAAGGGAAGUGGAAAGCUAUUGGUCUUGGCUGUUGGAUUAGAAAAAUAAGCCAGCAGAAUAAUGGUGUGUGUUAAGUAGGAGGACAAUAAGACACCCAUCUUGUCAGCAAUUGAAGCUAUUUCAUCUAAAAUGGAAACUAUUGGAUUCGUUGGAGCUAUAGUUGUUAUCUUUAUGCUUCUGGCUAGAUACAUGAUAGAGUAUCAUAAUUCCGAUGUUAAUGGAUAUAGUACAUUUUCAAAUAUCCUUAAUCUAAUCAUUGUGUUAAUAUCUGGAAAUGCUUCCAAGGCAUUGAUCACUCAUUUCUAAUUGUAAUUAGCUUAAACUGUGAAUUUGAUGCUAUACUAAUAAAAUUUGGUUAAAAAACUCAAUUAAUUGGAAAAUCUGCCGUUUAUGGACUAAUUGCUUUUUGACAAAACAGGAACUCUCACCCAAAAUCGAAUGUAAUUGGAAAGAUUCAUGAAUGAUACAACUGAUGAAUUGACUUAAUCAAAAUUUAAUCACUUCCCUUAAGAAUUCCAAAAGGCAUUUAUUGAUGCCUGUUUUAUUAAUAAUACAUACAAUCCGGAAACAAAUUCAGGAUCUCCUAUUGAAAAAGCCUUGUUAUAGGUAGCUUAAGAUAUGAGACUCAAUUUAGAGGAGAGAAAGAAAUAAGUGACUCAUCAAAUACCUUUUAAUAGUACUAGAAAGAAAUUGACUACAAUUAUUAACAAUAAUAGGGUGGUUGUAAGGGGAGCAUCUGAAAUAAUACUUCAAUAGUCAAUUAAGUUUUAUAGUUUGAAAGAUGGGAUCGUUGCGAUUGAUGAUUUUAUGAAGGAUUGUUUGGAAUAGAAUUUGAUUUAAUUGAGUCAAGAAGGUAGAACACUUGCUAUUGCUUAUGCAGAUGUGGACUUGAAAAAUUAAAAUGUAGAUCAGUUGAUAGAAGGCAAUAAAUUUGAAUUUGACAGAUAAAAUUUAACUUUAUUAGGGUUCUCUGCUAUUUUUAGAUCCUUUGAGAAUAGAAACAAAAAUGACAGUUGA